UAGACCCGAUAUCUGGCAUCGCACGUGUUCUGUGGGCUCUUGCAGGACACAACACAAGCCAGUGGUGAUGCUGCACAACAAACGUCACAAGUCAUGCCAUUCUGAGGACUCAUGCCCAGGGCGUGCACCUCCUGAGGACCUGGGUGUGGAUCAGACCACAUCGGAAGAUUCCUGCCCUGGUCAAGAAAUACUGCCUGACUCGCCUUCAGCAAGCUUUGUUGUCAUUGAGGAUGUGCAGGAUAAUGACAGCACGGUAGCUGACUCAGAGGCUGGGGAGGACAAGCUGCUGUCAGGACCAAGUCUGGUGAUUGGCCAGAAUGAGAUGCUGCUGCUUGAGAUGUUUGUGAGCCGGGUGGUGCAGGAGAUGGAGACACGCUACAUCUCUCGGAUGCUGGAGAUGGACAGCAAGGUGGACGCGCUGGCGCAUCUCUGCUCGGGCAUGGCCGACAAGCUGGACGCCGUGCUCGGACGGUCUGGCGGCGCCGACGCCGACGCCGAGCAGGCCGACACUGGCCGACGCUCCAGUCUGCCGGACAUCCAGACCAGGGUGGAGUCGCUGGUCCAGCUGUGCUCCAGCCUCUCGGACAAGAUGGACGCGGCUCUGCCGGGUCUGGGAACGGCCGUGCUGUGA